AUGGAGUCCGACACGUUGCCUCUUCAGCGCAAGAAGAGGCAAUCCCAACGAUCCACGACCGGGUGUAUCAUGUGCCGGACCCGCAAGAAGAAAUGUGACGAGCUGCAUCCCAUCUGUACUGGCUGCCAGCGCAACGGGUUAAUAUGCGAAUGGCCCUCCGCGGAGCGACCGCAACGCAGGCCGCGCCGGUCACAGCACCACCACCUGCCCCAGAUGGGCUAUGCUUUGCCGCCGCAUAUCGAGGCGAUGAUCACCGUCUUUGCCGUCCCCAAUGCCGACAUGGCCAGUCGUCUCCUGUCUCACUUCACUGACUACAGCCCUAGAUGGCUCUCCACCCGCACAGGACGCCGCCGGUCGGAAUUCCUGAACCACCUGAUCCCAGCGGCUAUGGAUAGUCCACUGAUUCUGAAGUGUAUGUUGACUGUCUCGGCCGCGGACCUGAUCAAGUAUGAUCCCUCCAACGUGGGACUGAAGGGUGCGGCGGUGGAGUACUACGGUCAAGCGCUUGCGAGCCUCCGUGAAGCUAUCGCCGAUGAAGAGAGAUCCGGCAGCAGCCCCUCUGUCGCAGACUAUACCCUCUUAGCUGUAUUGCUUAUCUGUCUCCACGAGAUCCAAAACUUCACCUCUGUGCACCGCCUCCUCCCCCAUCUCAACGCAGCAGCAGCCCUUUUUUCGCAUAAAUUAGACGCCACCACCGCCCCGCCCAACUCACAGCUCCGUCAACUUCUGUCCGAUCUAUUCAGCUACUUCUUCGCUCUGACCACCUUCACCCAUGGCCCCCAUCUCGCCCUCCACCGAGGCUCCUCUAUCCUCGAAUCCUACCUGACCACUACCCCAUCCGCCCUCAACCCGAACAAAGACCCAAGCCCAGGAACCGGGGCAAUCCUCGGUACCGCCCAACAAAUCUUUCUGAUCAUCUUCCGCGCCUCCCACCUCAUCCAGCUCGCCAAACAAACCCACACCCCGCUCACCGCCGCCAUGAAGACAAAACUCGCCGCCAUGGAGCGCCAGCUCCACGCCCUGCAGAACAAAACCCUGCCCCCGUUCAAACAGGGCUACACCAACGUCGAAGAACAAGGCGACGCCAUCAUGUCCGAGCUCUACCGGCUGGCGUGUAUUCUGUAUCUGAAACGAACGAUCGACCCUGCCCUCGGGAUCAAAGGCCACGCGAUCCAAGCCAUUGUCACGGAUUUUAUUCGGCUGCUGGAACUGCUGCCGCCCCACCACCCGGUCAACUGUAUCCUGUGCUGGCCGCUGGUGGUGGCGGGCUUGUGUACGACGCUGCAUGCGCAUCAGCGGGUGAUCACGACGCGGCUGGGCCAGAUUUAUGGGGUGUGGACGUCGGAUCUGGUGACGAUGAGUAUGGAGCUUUUGCGGCGGGUGCAGGCGGGUGGGGAUGAGCUGCAUUCCUCGAAUGUGGGUGGUUAUGGGAUGCAUGAUUUGGAGUUUGCGAUGGUUCUUUUGUAG